GCGGGCCGGGGCCGGGUAACCAUGCGCAUUCCCCACCCCCCCCUCGCUUUAGGCCCAGGUGAGCCAGUGUGAGGAGCCGGAACCGCCAUCCCUGCUUCUCUUCACCUCCCGGAGAACGGCCGCGUCGGGCGCCCUUUGUCGGCAGAAUACAAGCACUCAGCAAAGAUGGUCUUGAAAGAAAUCCCAACGGAGUCUUUGGCCCGACCCCUGUCACGGAAUGAAAUCGUUGGCUUAAUCUUUCGCCUGACAAUAUUUGGUGCCGUGACUUACUACACCAUCAAAUGGAUGGUAGAUGCCAUUGAUCCCACAAGAAAACAGAAAGUGGAAGCACAGAAACAGGCAGAGAGACUAAUGAAGCAGAUCGGUGUGAAGAACGUCAAGCUAACCGAAUACGAGAUGAGUAUUGCAGCACACCUUGUGGACCCACUGAAUAUGCAGGUUACAUGGGAUGACGUUGCUGGCUUGGAUGAUGUGAUUGCAGAACUCAAAGACACCGUCAUAUUACCAAUUCAGAAACGGCACUUGUUUGAAGGUUCCAGGCUGUUGCAGCCUCCAAAAGGUGUCCUCCUAUAUGGACCUCCAGGCUGUGGUAAAACUCUCAUCGCCAAGGCUACUGCUAAAGAAGCUGCGUGUCGGUUCAUUAAUCUGCAGCCGUCCACCUUGACUGAUAAAUGGUACGGAGAAUCCCAAAAACUGGCUGCAGCUGUAUUCUCACUGGCUGUAAAACUGCAACCUGCCAUCAUCUUUAUUGAUGAAAUUGAUUCUUUUCUGCGCAAUCGGUCCAGCUCUGACCAUGAAGCCACUGCGAUGAUGAAGGCUCAGUUUAUGAGCCUCUGGGAUGGACUCGAAACAGACUUCAACUGUCAGGUAAUCGUGAUGGGAGCCACCAACCGACCACAAGAUCUAGACACUGCCAUUUUGCGAAGGAUGCCAACAAGAUUUCAUAUAAACCAGCCUAACAUCAAGCAGCGGGAACUAAUUCUGGCUCUAAUUCUACUAAAUGAAAAGGUUGACAAUUACGUGAACUUGACUGAAAUUGCCAAGGAAACUCAUGGCUUUUCGGGAAGUGACCUGAAAGAGCUGUGCAGAGAUGCUGCCAUGUUCUGUGUCCGAGAUUACGUCAAUGGUUCUGAGGAGGAGCAAAGCGCCAAGGAGAGGAUCCGUCCCAUCAAACAACAGGAUCUACAGAAGGCAAUAGACAAGAUGCGGAGGUCUAAGGAAGCCACCGUUUCCAAUGGUUUGAUGCACCUCAGCGUAGACUGAGGGUCCAGUGUACGUGUACAGUUUGGAGGUCAAGUUGAGUUGUACCUUUGCUUAGUGACUUUGCUAAACGACGGCUCUGACUCUGCUCACGGCAAGAGCUGCAACCGGAGAAAGAAGAAGAGGGAUUCUUCCCCCCUCAAAAAAAAAAAAUCAAAUUUCUGUGAACGUAACACCACCCACCCAUUAUCUAAACCGAACCCAGCAACCCCUCUGGUUCAUAUUCACAGAAAAACUUACACCAGACUAUUUGUGUAAUUCUUAUUCACUGGAUUGUGUUGAUAGAUAUAAUCGGAUUUUCUGUAGCUGGUUCGAUUUGUGACUGCAUUUAGUAUCACUGUUCACAAUGUAAAAUGGGAAAAGUGCUGCUUGAAUGAUGCAAACUCCAGAGGAAAUGUCAGUGCAUCUUUAACAUGAAGUGAAAGCACCAAUUGGCUCACACUCUGCAAUCUGCAUCAAUUAAUGAUGAAUUAGAUUAAUUACAGGGCCCUGAACAUGGAAUGAAAUAAUGUGAAGAAGCUAUUCAAAGCAGUUUCUGACUUUUGGUUGAACCAUGGUCGAGUUUGUUAAUUUAAUCGUGAAACCAAGCAGGUUAUGCUUUUUAAAUGUUUUUUUUUUAUUUUCCAGUUCAAGGUAAAUAAAUAUUGAAAGUCCAAA